CCUUUUCUCCGCUUUGCCCUUUCCAGCCAGGACCGAGCGCCAACAGGACCUGCGGCCACUUUCUCCUUCCUUUUUCCACGCAUUCCCUUCUUGACAGUUUUCCCUCCUGAUUCGCCAUGGACACCAGCACCAUCAAGGAGGAGCUGCGCCUGUUUCAGAGCACCCUGCUCCAGGACUGAGGACGGGCUGAAGAACUUCUGAACGAGAAUAAGUUUGUCGACUGCACCCUCAAGGUAGGCGACCGCAGCUUCCCUUGCCAUCGGCUGAUCAUGGCUGCCUGCAGCCCUUACUUCAGGGAGAUCUUCUUCACAGAAGAUGGGAAGGAGGCAGAGAACACCAAGGAGGUCGUCUUGGAGGAUGUUAACCCUUCCAUCCUGGACAUGGUCAUCCAAUAUUUGUACUCGGCUGAGAUUGACCUCACUGAUGACAACAUACAGGAUAUAAUUGCUGUAGCUAAUCGGUUUCAGAUCCCUUCUGUCUUCACCGUCUGUGUCAACUACCUGCAAAAGAAAAUUUCCCUGAGCAACUGUAUGGCCAUUUUCAGGAUGGGCCUGGUGCUCGGCUGUCCUAGGCUCGCUGUGGCUGCGCGCAAUUACAUCGCCGAUCGCUUUGAGCUCCUCUACAAGGAUGAUGAGUUCCUCAAGCUUGCACCCCAUGAACUGUUUGCCAUCAUUGGUGGAGACUCUCUGAAUGUGGAGAAAGAGGAGCUGGUGUUCGAAGGGGUCAUGGCCUGGGUCCGUCAUGACAAGGAGAAGCGCAUCAAAGUGCUGGGAGAUGCAUUCGACUGCGUACGCUUCCGCCUGCUGCCAGAAAAGUACUUCCAUGAUAAAGUGGAGACCGAUGACAUCAUCAAGGCCAACCCAGAGCUCCAGAAAAAGAUGCAGGUCAUCAAGAAUGCUUUCAAGGGGAAACUACCCGAGAAACCCAAGAAGCAGGAGGGGGCAGAGAAUGAAGACUGCGAGGAGGAGAACAGCCCCUUCCCCGGCUUCCUGAACGAUAACCGCAGGCAUGGCAUGUACACUCGAGACUUCAUCCUGAUGAUCAACGACACGGCGGCAGUGGCAUAUGAUGUCAACGAGAACGAGUGCUUCCUGGCGGCCAUGUCGGAGCAGCUGCCACGAAACCAUGUCAGCUUGGCAUCACAGAAAAACCAGCUCUACGUCAUUGGAGGACUGUUUGUGGAUGAGGAGAACAAGGAGAUGCCCCUGCAGUGCUACGUCUAUUUGUUGGACCCUCUCUCGUAUGAAUGGGUCGCCCUGCCUCCCAUGCCGUCUCCCAGAUGUCUCUUCAGCAUCGGUGAGAGUGACAGCCUGCUGUUCGCCGUGGCUGGAAAAGACCUGCAAACCAACGAAUCACUGGACAGCGUGAUGUGCUACGAUGUCACGAAGAUGAAGUGGACUGAGACCAAAAAGCUUCCCCUGAAGAUCCACGGCCACGCUGUGGUCUCCCACAAAGGACUGGUGUACUGUGCUGGAGGAAAGACAGAUGACAACAAAGCCCUCAACAAGCUGUUUGUGUACAACCACAAGCAGUCAGAGUGGAGGGAGCUGGCAGCCAUGAAGACUGCCAGAGCCAUGUUCGGAGCCACCAUCCACAAAGGCAAGAUCGUGGUAGUCGGUGGAGUCAAUGAAGAAGGCCUCACUGCUGCAUGUGAAGCCUACGACUUUACAACAAACAAGUGGGAGCCCUUCACAGAGUUUCCCCAGGAGAGGAGCUCAGUCAACCUGGUGAGCAGUGGGGACUCCCUGUACGCAGUGGGCGGCUUCGCUAUGGUCCAGAUGGAUAACAAGGAGCUGGCUCCCACAGAGGUCACUGAUGUUUGGCAGUAUGAAGAUGGUGGGAAGCAGUGGAGCGGAAUGCUGAGGGAGAUGCGUUAUGCAGCAGGCUCCUCCUGUGUGUCCAUGCGCCUCAACGCAGCCAGAAUGCCCAAGCUGUAGAGAAAAGCCACCGUCUUUCACCUCAAAGCUGCUUUCGAGGCAUCUUCCACUCCAUUUUCUUUGCCAAGAGUUGAUCUUUGAUGAUGCUUUUCCUCUGAACUCCUCAGAUUUUUAUCCACACCAAGGAAUUCUUCCACCACUUCAAAGACUGCAUCCCCAUAUCUGUUUGCAUAUUUUCUAGCUUUUAUUUUGUAAAAUAAACAUUUGUAAAGUUUGCAUUUUGUGCAAUCUUGUUUAAAGAUGGUGUGGACUGCCGACGUGUCUGAGAAGACAUUCACAGCUGCUUUGUGCUUGCCGAUGGGAGAUGGCAAACAAUGGGUGGAACAGAGUUCAAAGCAGGUGGAAUGUUGACAUUUCAACAACCAGUCUCUGUGUUCUGCAAACAAAUGUAACACAUUCAAAUAAAGCUGUGCAGCAGGUUUGACAAAUGGA